CCAACAUGUUGCAUUCUGAGAUACUAUUGGUUCGCACGUAAAUAUAAAUUGCGUAAAACGACUAAAAUUAAAAAAAAAAUGACUAAGACAAUCGUAUUUAUUUCUGUAAAGUUACUUUAAAAAGUGAUUGGUAUCAAAAAAAAAAAUUUUUUUUAAAGAAUGAAUAGAUGAUAAUAAAUUUUAAAAACUAAACUAACUAUUCUAUGUAUAGGUAAUUUCUUUUUUUUUAUCUUAAAAAAUACUUUGAAAUCAUGACUAAAAAGACUAGAAAUUUAAUUUACCUAUUAACUUUUAUUGCAUCGAUUUCUAAAUCUUCAUCAGUGAUUGAAGAAGAAGUUCUACCAGAAGGAUGUGAAGAGCUUUUACAGCGUUUUGCUAAUGAUACUGCUAGGUUCACAUCAUGCAUUAUCAAUUAUUCUCGACCUAUUGAAGUAUGCCAAAGGUGUAUGAAUGAAUAUUACCAAGUUUUAGAUGGUUAUGAAAAAAUUGAAAAGCUACACAAAAAUGAUAGUGAAAUUGAUUGUCGUGCUGUUUUAAUAAAUAUUGAUCGAUUACGUGUUGUCUAUGCAAGUUAUAAGUAUGUGGUUCAUAUGUGGGACAAGGCAUCUUGUUCUUUAUGCUUAAACGGAACAGAAUUAAAUGAUAGAACAAAAGAAGUUAUAAAACUUGGUAAACAAUUUCAAGCUUGUACCGUAAAUCAUAUGAAUGAUACAAAUUUAAAUGGUUCAAUCUGUACCUUUUGUAAAAGUGAUUAUCAAGAAUUAAAUGAUUUCUAUAACAAACACAGAAAGGAAAAAGAAUUUUGUAUGGAUGUUGUUGAUUUGAUUAAUACUACUCAAAGUGAUUGGAGCGUAUUGUGGAAGUGCCAUGUAUCAAAUUACAAUUCAGAAUCAAUUCUAUUAGUUAUUUCAUCCUGUGUAUUAUUAGCACCAAUAAUCUUUUAUUUUAUUAGUUGGUUGUUAACUAAGGAAAGAACUAAUGAAUUGUUAUCUCAGAAUCGUUGGCAAGAAAGAUUUAAUGCUGCUUCUACUUCAGGCUAUGUAGUCAUUUCUUAAAAAAAAUAACUAUAAUAACUCUUUUUAAUUAUUUAAAAUAUAACUUA